AUGCCGAUGCUCAAGGAUCCUUCAACAAAGUACAAGGCGUUCAAACCUCUGAACCUGCCGAACCGCCAAUGGCCGAACAAGGUCAUCGACAAGCCGCCGCGCUGGAUGGCCACUGAUCUGCGCGAUGGCAACCAGAGUCUGCCGGAUCCAAUGGACGGCGACCAAAAAUACCGCUUCUUCAAAAUGCUCGUCGAAAUCGGCUACAAGGAAAUUGAAGUGUCGUUCCCAUCCGCCUCCCAAACGGACUUUGACUUCACGCGCCGUCUGGUCGAAGAGCCCGGCCUCACCCCCGACGACGUAUGGCUGCAAGUCCUCUCUCCAUGCCGCGAGGAACUGAUCCGCCGCACGGUGGACUCGCUGAAGGGCGCCAAGAAGGCUAUCCUGCACAUCUACCUCGCCACGAGCCCGUGCUUCCGCCAGAUUGUUUUCAACAUGGACCGGAAACAGAGUCUGGAGUUGGCGGUGCGCUGUACCAAGUACGCGCGCUCCAUCACGAAGGAUGACCCGUCCAACGUCGGCACGGAGUGGCAAUUUGAGUUCUCGCCGGAGACCUUCUCUGAUACGGAGCCGGACUUUGCCAUUGAGGUCUGUGAGGCUGUUAAGGCUGCUUGGGAGCCUACUGUGGAGAACCCGAUUAUCUUUAACCUCCCCGCUACCGUGGAGAUGGCCACUCCCAAUAUUUAUGCUGACCAGAUCGAGUACUUCUGCACAAAUAUGACUGAGAGGGAGAAGUUCUGUGUCUCUGUCCACCCUCACAAUGACAGAGGUUGCGCCGUGGCCGCGGCCGAGCUGGCACAGAUGGCGGGUGCGCAGCGGGUGGAAGGCACCCUUUUUGGCAAUGGUGAACGCACAGGAAACGUCGAUCUAGUCACUUUGGCUCUAAAUCUCUAUACCCAAGGAGUCUCUCCUCAGGUAGACUUUUCCGACAUCAAUGCCAUCAUCAAGGUCGUGGAGGAGAGUAAUAAGCUUGCUGUCCACGAAAGAGCUCCAUACGGAGGCAUUUUGACCCAAGUGGCAUACUCAGGCAGUCACCAAGACGCGGUGGCUAAGGGCUUCAAGCUGCGUGAGAAAAACAACGCGACCGACAAGGAUCUGUGGCAGAUGCCAUACAUCCCGCUCGACCCUCAAGAUAUCGGACGGACAUACGAGGCAGUCAUCCGUGUCAACUCUCAGAGCGGCAAGGGAGGCGCUGCGUGGGUUAUUCUGCGCCAGCUCGAGCUGGAUCUUCCACGCUCGCUCCAGAUCGAAUUCAGCAAGGUCGUGCAGAAGGAAACCGAAGCCGUCAGCCGGGAACUCAAGCCGAACGAGAUCGUCAACCUCUUCGAGCGGGCCUACCACCUCAAGUCCAACCCGCGCUUCAACCUGGUCGACUACAACAUCACGACAGACCGCUCGCAGUCGCCUGCUCCGCCAGAGCCCGGUAAGGCUCUCAACACCCGAAAUCUCAAGCGCCGCUUCACGGGCAUCGUCGAGAUUGACAACGUGCAACACGGCAUUACUGGUGUGGGACCCGGUGCCAUCUCCUCUCUGGCUGCCGCGCUUUCUACUCUGGGCAUCGAUCUCGAUGUCGUCGACUACAAGGAGCACUCCAUCGGUCUGGGCCGAGACGUAAAGGCAGCCACUUAUAUCCAGUGCACAGCUGAUGGCAGCAAGCAGCAAGUCUGGGGUGUUGGUAUCCAUCAGGAUGUGGUGCAAGCCAGUCUGAUCGCGCUGCUGAGCGCAGCCAGCUCGUUCCUCACUUCUCGCGCCGGCUCGCCUGCUCCCUUCCGACCAGUACGCUCCAACACCUUUACCAACGAGGACCUGCAGGCUCUCGAGCAGCUGGCCGGCUCCAACGAGGCCAUUUCGUCCAAUGGUGACUUGAAGGCCAAGGUGAACAUUGAACAGCUCACAAAGCAGGCCGAAGCCCAGUAA